AUGGUGGCGAGUAUCCACACAUUGGUGGGCGUGCGGCCACACAUUACGGCCAUGACUAUAAUCAAAGAUCUUUCGCUCUAAGAUAUUUGACUAUAAUGGCAACCAACGGGAUAUUAGCCCCUCCGCCCGGUUUGUUGGAACGUCACUAUAAUGGUGAUCGGCUGGCCCUGUCGGUUCAGUGGGGCUUGUUUACCCCUUUGCCCCGCAAGGCGGAGGGCGGAUAUGACGUUGGAAGAACAUCCGCUGCGCGGUGAAGGUCGCAGAGCCAUGGUGGGAACGGCGGUGCGGCUGCUGCUCCGGCGCUGCCAGAUCGUGAGGCCCUUCUUCCCGGCGGUGGUUCCCAACAGGGGUGCCAAGCAAUGGCAGCCGGACCCGGCCUGGAUGGAGCAGUACGCGGGUGCUGUCAUGUAUCCCACAGAGAUCACGGCAAAAUGGAAACCCCCUCCUUGGAACGACAAAGACCCGCCGAGGGAUCGCAACGUCUCCAACUAUGUGAUUAACUUUGGGCCGCAGCACCCGGCGGCUCAUGGGGUCCUGCGGCUGGUGUUGGAGCUGAGCGGCGAGUCGGUGAAGAAGUGUGACCCCCAUAUUGGCCUGCUCCACCGCGGGACUGAGAAACUCAUCGAGUACAAGACCUACUUGCAGGCGCUUCCAUAUUUUGACCGCCUGGAUUACGUCUCCAUGAUGUGCAACGAGCAGUGUUACUCCCUGGCCGUGGAGAAGCUGCUGAACAUCAGGCCGCCCAUUCGCGCCCAGUGGAUCCGAGGUGAGUCCACCAUCCAGGCAGUAGAUUUUCAUGGCAUUGAUGGGAACAUUGGUGCCAUGACACCUUUCUUCUGGAUGUUUGAGGAGAGGGAGAAGAUGUUGGAGUUCUACGAGCGAGCGUCAGGAGCCCGCAUGCAUGCAGCCUACAUCAGACCGGGGGGUGUCCAUCAGGACUUGCCUUUGGGCCUCAUGGACGACAUCUACGAGUUCAUCAAGAACUUUUCCAUCCGCAUCGAUGAGGUGGAGGAGAUGUUCACUGCCAACAGGAUAUGGAAGAACAGGACGGUGGACAUCGGAGUGAUCAGUGCCGAGGAGGCCCUCAACUACGGCUUUAGUGGGGUGAUGCUCCGUGGCUCUGGAAUCCACUGGGACCUCCGGAAGUCCCAGCCCUAUGACGUCUACGACCAGGUGGAGUUUGACGUUCCCAUCGGGAGCAAAGGGGACUGCUUCGACAGGUACCUCUGUCGAGUCGAGGAAAUGAGGCAGAGUUUGCGCAUUGUACUGCAAUGUUUGAAUAAGAUGCCUGAAGGUGAAAUCAAAGUGGACGAUGCCAAGAUCUCUCCUCCUAAACGAAGUGAGAUGAAGGCUUCAAUGGAAGCUCUGAUCCACCACUUCAAACUCUACACAGAAGGCUACCAAGUGCCACCUGGGGCGACCUACACUGCAAUCGAGGCUCCAAAGGGGGAGUUCGGGGUGUAUCUGGUCUCUGACGGCAGCAGUCGGCCCUAUCGCUGCAAGAUCAAAGCUCCCGGCUUUGCCCAUCUGGCGGGCCUUGACAGGAUGGCGGAAGGACACAUGCUUGCGGACGUGGUGGCAAUAAUUGGCACCCAGGACGUGGUGUUUGGGGAGGUGGAUCGCUAGCGCACACUCCAGGAGCCCAGCUGCGCAAUCGUCUCUCGCUCCCCCGGAGGGCAGACGGGGCUAUUCCCCUCCCUGCCACCCUUUGCUCAGUGUGUAUGUUCCUCAAUGUAACAUUGGAUUAAUAAAUGGAAUUGCUCAA